AUUCUUAAAUCAAAUUAGUUUUUAGUGCUGUGAUAAAUAAAAGUUUAAAAUGAAACUCAUCAUCGUGCUAGUAUUUGUUUUAGGAAUUUGUUCAGGAUCACCACAUUCAAGAAUAAUCUGUGGUCAAAAUGCCAAAAAAAAUUCGGCGCCAUACAUGGCAUCGGUUCAACUUUUAGAUAAAAUUGAUGGAGUCGAAAAAUUGUUUCAUUUUUGCGGAGGAGCAAUAGUUAAUGAUAGAUGGAUUUUGACUGCUGCACAUUGUUUGAGAGGCAAAGACCACCUCCUGGACAAACUGUUCAUUGCAGUCGGCCUGACAAAUUUAGGUGAAGGAGGCACCGUGUAUCCUGUAGAAAAAGGCAUCAUGCACGAAGAAUAUGAACAUUAUGACAUAGUCAACGAUAUUGCACUAAUCAAAGUCAAAUCUCCGAUAGAAUUCAAUGAAAAAGUAACGACUGUAAAAUUAGGUGAGGAUUAUGUUGGCGGAGACGUCCAACUUCGAUUGACAGGAUGGGGAGUUACGACAAAUGAGGGAAUCGGAAGCCCGAGUCAAAAAUUACAGGUCAUGACAGCCAAAUCACUAACUUAUGAGGAUUGCAAAAACGCAAUUUAUAAAAAGACUUUCGAAAGCCAAAUUUGUGCACAGGCUAAAAAAGGAACCGGAUCUUGUAAGGGUGAUUCUGGUGGUCCAUUAGUCCGAGGAAACAAUACCCUGGUCGGUUUAGUAUCCUGGGGUAUGCAACCUUGUGGAAGUGGCUAUUUUCCUGAUGUCUACACAAGAAUAACAUCGUUUUUGGAUUGGAUUAACACGACAAUGUCAGAAAAUUAAAUAGAAAAAAGUAUUAAAAUAGUAGUUAGAAUAUUUUGCGAAUACUAUAAAAGUAUUGAAAUAACGAAUAUUUGUAUUGUAUAUAGGGCUGGUACCUAAAGACAUUAUUAUUUGUUAAAACUGAUAUUUAUUUUUAUGACAAAUUUCUAUAUUUAUAAUAUUAUUUUAUAUAUAUUUAAUUGUAUUUUAAAUAUGGACUGGUUCAUCCAAUGUUAUAAAUUAAAAUUAUAAAAAUACAUCUACUAUUUUAUACUAAUU